AUGAUCAGCAAAGGCGUCUUCAACGCCUCGCGCGCCCCGGACCGGCCCCCCCUUUCCCCUCCCCCUUCGCGCCGCCGCUGCCGCGAUGCCCCCCCUGCGCCCGGGGCCCGGCUCCGGCUUCUCGCCGCCGCCGCCCUGGCCGGCCUGGCCGUCAUCAGCCGAGGGCUGCUAUCCCAGAGCCUGGAGUUCAGCUCCCCCGCAGACAACUACACUGUAUGUGAAGGCGACAACGCCACGCUCAGCUGCUUCAUCGACGAGCAUGUGACCCGAGUGGCCUGGCUGAACCGCUCCAACAUCCUGUACGCGGGCAACGACCGCUGGACCAGCGACCCGCGGGUGCGGCUGCUGACCAACACGCCCGAGGAGUUCUCCAUCCUCAUCACGCAGGUGGGGCUGGGCGACGAGGGCCUCUACACCUGCUCCUUCCAGACCCGCCGCCAGCCCUACACCACUCAGGUGUACCUCAUCGUCCACGUCCCCGCCCGCAUCGUGAACAUCUCUUCGCCCGUGACCGUGAACGAGGGGAACAAUGUGAAUCUGCUCUGUCUGGCCGUGGGGCGGCCGGAGCCCACGGUGACCUGGAGGCAGCUCCGAGACGGCUUCACCUCCGAAGGCGAGAUCCUGGAGAUUUCCGACAUCCAGCGAGGCCAGGCCGGGGAAUACGAAUGCGUGACACACAACGGGGUUAACUCCGUGCCCGACAGCCGCCGCGUGUUGGUCACAGUCAACUAUCCUCCAACCAUCACGGACGUGACCAGCGCCCGCACGGCCCUGGGCCGGGCCGCCCUCCUGCGCUGCGAAGCCAUGGCCGUGCCCCCCGCAGAUUUCCAGUGGUACAAGGAUGACAGGCUGCUGAGCAGUGGCACGGCCGAGGGCCUGAAGGUGCAGACGGAGCGCACCCGCUCGAUGCUUCUCUUCGCCAACGUGAGCGCCCGGCAUUACGGCAACUACACCUGCCGCGCAGCCAACCGGCUGGGGACGUCCAGCGCCUCCAUGCGGCUCCUGCGCCCAGGAUCUCUGGAAAACUCGGCGCCGAGGCCCCCGGGGCCGCUGACCCUCCUCUCCGCCCUGGGCUGGCUGUGGUGGAGGAUGUAGGAAGAAUCCAGUGCAGUUUGCUUCCCUAGGCAGCGGCGGCGGCGGCGGGGGGCCUGGGGCCGAGAGCGAGAGGCAACGGGGAGCAAGCGCCAUGGGUCUCGAGGAGGAGGAGGAGGCGGCGGAGGGGCUCUCGGCCACGGAGGAAGAAGAGAGGAAAAGGAGCAGGAGGAAAGCUCUUUAGAGAACCCAUCACUGUGAGGGAUAACGCAAAAUUAUGCAUCUUUCUACAGCCAUUCUCGCCACCGUUCACCCUUCCAAAUGUGACCCACCCCCCGGCCACCCCACACCCCUCUCUUAGCUCAGGCUGGCAACUGGAUCGCGUGUGCGUAGUGGGCGUGGGAGUGUGAGGUGAGUGUGUGUGUGUUUGUGUGUGUGUGGCUGGGUGGGUGGGCGGGAAAGGGCUCAAGCACACGCGUCCCUCCUCGACACCCCCCAGGUCCAC